UGCGUAUGAAUGCUACUAUUAUGUACCAAUGCAGUGGCGAGUUGUAUAUAGACAUUCGUAAUGUGACCGCCUGUUAAAAAUGACCUAUGUUUGUGCAGUGCUAUUUGUGUUAAUCGUUUUACUUAACGAUAUCUCUGAUUGUUGGUGAAUAGAUAAUUAUAGUUUACAAAGUCAACAUAUUGAGGACUUAUCGAACCAAUAGGAAUAAACAUUCAUUAUCAAUAUCAUUAUCUGCAUAAUUGAUAUCAAACAUCGGACGAGUAAAUAAUAAAACAAUUAUUACAAAUACUAUAUUGACAUCCAUUGUUGAAUCAACCAUCGUAACUGUUGCUGCUCUGUGGAACAUGAACUAAUACGAUAAAAUGGCUGACGAAAACCAAGACCCAGAUAAGACAGAGGAGAAGCCUCUAAACAAGAAAUUGGUAAAGUACAAAGAUAGAAACUUCUCGGAGAAACUAUGCUACAUAAGAGAAAAUAUAACAGUGGAGCCGCUUUUCGCUGGACUCAUUAUUCCCAGUGUGAUAUCCAGAUUUGCGAUGGGAAACUUCAAUUUGGACAAAGCUUGCAGAGUGAACUUCGCGUUUGGUGACGAAAUAUGCAACGCAUUGGUAAAGAAAAAUAGCAACAACUUCUCAGAAUACGAAAGACAAGUUCAGACACUCAUAUCCUCCAUCGAUAUUUGGAGAAGCGUGAUUAACACCGCAUUACCAUGUAUUAUUAUCAUGUUUUUGGGGGCUUGGAGCGAUAGGACCGGAAAACGGAAGCUUUGCAUACUUUUGCCCAUUUUCGGGGAACUAAUGACUUCGAUAAAUAAUAUCGUAAAUGUAUUUUUCUUUUAUGAGAUUCCUGUUGAAAUUACUGUGUUCUUGGAGACUUUCUUUACGGCUGUUACUGGUGGUUGGGUGACAAUGUUUCUUGGUGUCUUCAGCUACAUAAGUGAUAUCACGUCGGAGAAGUCCAGGACUUUUAGAGUGGGCUUGGUCAGCUUUUGUAUGACAGUCGGAGUCCCAAUAGGGAUAGCACUGGGAGGCAUUCUGGUGCAGCGCAUGGGUUACUACGCGCUGUUCUCCUCUACGAGUAUAUUAUUUAGCUUCGUCCUGAUGUAUGGAUGUUUCUGCUUGAAAGAGCCUGAUGCGUUUCUGGAGGACAAAGGAUUUCCAAAAAUCGAGCGAACAGCUAACAAGGACGUGGCAUUCUUCGACUUGUCUCACGUGGUAGAGACAGUCAAUGUGGCUUUUCGACGACGUGCGUCAAACGCCAGGGUCAAAGUAAUUCUCACGCUGGUUGCCGUUUUCAUUAUUUACGGACCUGCUAUGUCUGAGCACGGCGUAUUCUAUUUGUUCGUGAGAAAUCAACUCAACUGGGAUAUGUUGAAAUACAGCUUUUUUGCCAGCUACUCCAUCAUUCUUCAUUCAAUAGGUGUAAUGUUCUCGAUAACUGUGCUAAGUAAGAAACUACAAUUUGAUGACUCUCUUCUAUGUGUCAUUGCGAUGAUCAGCAAGUUCAUUGGAGCGGUUUGGACUGCUUUCGUCAAAACUGACUUAGAAAUGAUUUUGAUUCCAAUCAUUGAAUUUUUUUCUUCGGCAAUCAUGACGUCACUGCGCUCAAUGAUAACAAAACUCGUCGAGAAAGAUGAAACAGCAAAAGUGAAUUCUCUCUUCGCUUUGACGGAAACCUUAGCAUCGCUGGUGUUCCAUCCACUCUACUCCUGGCUUUACAUGAAGACGCUGAAGCUUCUACCUGGAGCCGUCUUCCUCACUAGUGCAGCACUGAUUAUACCAGCCUCGGUUAUUUUAGUAUACUUCUUCAUUCAACAUAGAAAAGCUGUGUCUACGGCACGAAAGAUCGCUUUAGAAAAUCAAGAGAAAAAUGAUGCAGAAACGGAAAGUGUUCCGGAAAAAACUGAAAAAUCAUAUCUACCAGAUAAUAUAAAGCCCACGGAAUUUACUGAAAAGACUAAAUUAUAGAACUCACUAUUUAAA